AACACGUCGGCUCGCAGCCACUAAUCCCCAACGCCUUUCUCGCUUCGCCUUCCCCUCUCCACUCGCCGCGGCCGCCAUUCCCGUCCUCCUCCUCCUCCCCUCCGGUAAACCCUAGCCGCCGACCCUCCAAUCCCCCCACCAGCGCCCCAAUCCGCAGCCCGCUCGAGCUAGGGCUCGCCGGUUCCGGGCCGGCGCUCCGUUCUCGCCGAUUUCUCUGGGCAGAUUAUUUUUUUGCGGGGGAUUUUCUGCUUUAUCCGGUGGAGAUAUGGGGAGCCGGAGGGAGGAGGAGAGGAACGAGAAGAUCAUCCGCGGCCUCAUGAAGCUGCCGCCCAAUCGCAAGUGCAUCAAUUGCAACAGCGUGGGGCCACAAUAUGUAUGUACCAAUUUCUGGACAUUCACAUGCUUAUCAUGCAGCGGGAUACACCGUGAGUUUACUCACCGUGUGAAAUCAGUGUCAAUGGCUAAAUUCACUACCCAAGAAGUGCGGGCUCUUGAACAGGGUGGUAACCAGCGAGCACGCGAUAUCUACCUAAAAGAUUGGGAUUGGCAGCGGAUGAGAUUGCCUGACAACAGCAAACCAGAUAGGAUAAGGGAAUUUAUCAGAGCUGUUUAUGUAGACAAGAAGUAUGCUAGUGGGAAGUCCACCAACAAACCAGCCACCGAUAGUGAGAGUGUAAAGAGCAACGAAAGUGAAAUAAGAAGACCUGACUCCUAUCAUUCAUACUCGCAAAGCCCACCGUAUGAUAUGCAGUAUGAAGAUAGACGAUAUGGUAAGCAAGUUAACACGCUUGCUCGAAGGCCUUCGGAUAGGGCACUCUUUGAUGGGAAACUCGGCAGCAUAUUGUACAGUCCAGGUCGUGUCCGGGAUCAGAUGCAUGAAGAUCGAUUUGCUAACGAGAGUCACGGGUCAAGAUUUUCCGACUUUUCAGCCUCAAGCACCGGCGACUUGAGAAACGAUGCACUUUCUCCUAGCUCUCAGGAUACAGGGUACAGCAGCCCUUCCAUUCACCAUUCAAGAAAUGUAUCCUCUGAAAAUCCCCAGUCCCAAAGACAUCCAAAUGCAGUUCCACAAAUAGAUGUCAAUGGUGGUCGACGUUCACAGCGAACAGCUUCUUCUGGAAGUUUUGGAUCAUUUGACGGUAGCUCAGUAUCUAAUAAAUCAGUUGAUUCGGGUGUCCUACCUGAUGCACCUACAGAGAGACCAGUGACUGGGGCAUCUUCUGUACCUCAUUUGGCACAACAAAAUGCCUUGCAGCGCAGUACAAACUCACCAGCCAGCCAUAUUGCUCCCACCCAAGGAUCUGUGCAGCAUUUGCCAGUUUCGCCGCAGCCACAACCAAUGGCUUUGAGCAAUCAAGACCUCUUUGACAUGUCAACAAUGCCACAACCUGGCACUAGUUCUGCUUCAAUAGAUCUGUUUGCUGGCUUUAAUCAACAUACCGCAUCAAUUUCUAGUGGGCAUUCUGAUGUUGUGAAUGGAAGUGCACAUAAUGCUGUGGUUCAGAAGGUUGUGCCGCAUUCAUCAUCUGUACCAGCAGGAGCAGUCCACACAUCUGAUCCUGUGCACCAAGAUCUCUUCAGUCUGUCAAUUUUGCAGGAACCAGCAACGUCCUCUUCCCCUCCGCCAGUGGAUCUGUUUGCUGGCUUUGACCAACAACUGGGACCUAUGUCUAAUGUUCAUCAUACUACACCAGCCGCUCCAUUACCUGCUAAUGAAGGGUGGGCAUUCUUUGACACACCUCAAUAUGGAUCGUCGACUUCUGUUUCAAAUGUGCAAGCUCAGGUCCCCGCUGCAUUGCCUCAAAGUGAUGGUAUUACCAAAACAAUUGAUCAAUCAACAUUGCCAACUCCACCACCAAAUGCCAUUAUUAGACAAACAUCUCUGCCUAUUAUGGAUCAGUGGAGUUCAGAUGCUGAAGAGGUGAAGAUCCCUGUCCCCAAGGAAAACUCCCAGAUCUGGAAUGCCUUUGGUGAAUCUACUGAGAAUAUGCCUGAUAAUUUGUUUGCAUUUAAUACUAUGCCUCAAGUACCAACUCAUCAAUUCACCGCACCCAGUGUUCCAUAUGUUGUAUCUGGAACUCCGCAGGUUUUGACUAGGGGUGAGCCUGAAAGGUCAACUCCUGGGGAUAUGUUCCCUGGCUUCAAUGUGUCACCUGGUGUCCUGGGUGAGCCAUCAUAUCCUGCACCAAUUCAACACGAACUGGGCAUGAUGUCUCAGCCUGCAAAAUCAACAAAUCCGUUUGACAUGGCAUUUGAAUCUGACAUCGAAGCCAACGACAUGUUCAUGGAUUUUACCUCGCUACAAGCAGCAUUGCCAGAUCCUCAUGUUCCUGCAGAGUACUCUGGGAACUUAGCAGAGUCAUGGAUUUCUCAGAAUUCAGCGGUGCCAUAUAUUCCUUCUAUGUCUCAGGGAGGGUUGUCAUACAUCUCGGGACAAGUACAAGACCCCCACAUGCUACCCGCCUCCGCCGUCGACGUCACCAUGCGCCCCUUCCACCCUCCCCGCCCCACCGCCGCCCAGCCCCACCACCCGCGCCCCGGCGACCCCGGCCGGCCGCCCCUCCUCUCCCACCCCCACCCCGCGCACCAGCAGAUGAGCCCCGCCGCGUUCCCGCCGCCCGGCCCCGGCGGCGGCGGCGGCGGGUUCGGCGCCGUCAACCCCAUGGCGGCGGUGGCGGCGGCGGCGGCCAACCCUUUCCUCGCCAUGCAGCUCUUCGGCCAGGCGCAGCAGCUCCAGAACCUCGGCUACCUCGCCUCCUUGAUGCAGCAGCAGCAACAACAACAGCAUCAGCACCAUCAACAUCAACAGCAGCAACAACCCUUCUUCCCGGGAGGAGGCUUCCCGCCGAGCCCCAACCAGUUCGGGGCGUUCCCGGGCAUGCAGGCCGGCUUCAACGGCGGCGGAGGGUUUCUGCCUGGCGGCGCUGGGCUGGCCGGGUCGAGGCCGCCGCUGCCGAUGAUGGGCGGUGGUGCGGGGAAUGGUUGCAGCGGCAGCCCUGGCGGAGGUGUUGGGCCUGGUUCUCCGAGGCCUGUGCUGAACGUUGAUGGGAAGGAUCAGAACAGUGGUGGAAGGGGCAAUCAGGUUAACAACACUAAUAACAAAUCAGAUGGCAUCUCUCAUGUUGUUGCUGAAAAUGGCGAGAGGAACAUUACAACAGAUCAGAAAAGCCGAUUCAACCCUGGAACAGAUGGUAGGGAUGGAAGGCAAUUCGGUCCAUCUGGUGGAAGGGGCAGAGGAGAUGGUAGGGGCGGAAAGCAAUUUAGUCCAUCUGGUGGGAGGGGAAGAGGAAGAGGAGAUGCCAGAGAUGGAAGGGGUAGAGGGAGAAAUUUCAAUCAAGGUCGCGGAAGAGGAAGAAACGACUGGAGAGAUGGAAAACCCAAUUUUACAAAUAGUGACAGUCCAACAUCAGGAGGACGUCACAUUGACAGUCCAACAGCAUCUGAAGGAGGCCGAAAGCGUCCUCCUAUCAUUUAUGACCAAAACGAAGUUAAACAGUGGCUACAGGCACGCAAGAAGAACUACCCUACAAGUGUUAACGUAAACAAGAAAUUGACUCAGAGUCAGUUGGACGAUCAAAAGAAAGAUGAAGAUGCCCAAAUGCGCCGUCAGGAACUCAAGGAAGUCCUUGCAAAGCAGAAAGAAUUGGGUCUUGAGCUCCCUGAACUACCACCAGGCUACCUAUCUGAUACCGAAGGUCAACCCAGGGAACCUCAGGGCAACGAGAAGGAAAGUAAAUGGAGAAAUCAGCAGAGGGAUUCUCGUUUUGGAAACCGCGGCAGGGGCCGUGGCAAUAAGAGACAGAGGAACGAUCGCGGAGGAUUUCAGUCGAAAAGACCCAGGGAGUGGAACAAUAGUCAUGCAAUGGUCAAGAGUAGAGAGCCCACCCUGUUUCAGAAGCUUGUUAGCUCUGAUAUCAAGAGGGACAGGCAUAAGCUCCUGCACACGUUCAAAUUCAUGGCCCAGAACAAUUUCUUCCAGGACUGGCCUGAUAAGCCGCUGGAGUUUCCUAGUGUGAAGGUGAACCAGGUUGAUCUUGAGAUUGAUGAUAUUGCCGCUGAAGACUUGGAUGAUGAUGACUUGCCGGAUGCUGUGGCGGCCAAAGACGUCAGCGUUGAUUUGAAGGAAAAUGGAGAUGAGCAAGACUCCGUCUCCAGUAGUGACGAGGAAGCUGGGAGCAAGGAGGACGAUGAAGCUGAAGAAGAGGAAGGCGAGGUUUCGGAGGAGGAUGCUGGCGCGGAGGAAUGUGAUGCAUCUGAAGAAGAAUUUUCAGCCUGAAAAAUUCGGCUGGUCCAAAGCAUCUAGCGUGAUUCUUUCUGUGUGUAUAGUAA